ACAAAAAGCAAGGAAAAAGAAAAAAGACAGACAGAAGGGUGGUGGCUUAAAAUAGGGCGUGCCAAUGACUAUAUAACAAGUUUUCUGUCCAUCCCCUCUACUCAAAUCCUUCUCUUUGACUCUCUCGAUCCUUACAGGCUUUCAUCCAAUUUUGCCACUAUGUCAGACCUCACCAAAGCAUUAGCUAUGCUCCAGGCUACCUUUGACAAGUACGCUGGAAAAGAUGGAGACAGUAACACUUUAUCCAAAGCAGAACUCGCUGACCUGCUUCACAAAGAGCUUCCUUAUGGAGAAAGUAUUGACAAAGCUAAAGUGGAUAAUUUCUUCAGCUUGUUGGACAACGACAAAGAUGGUGUUGUUGAUUUCACUGAGUAUGUCACUUUUGUAACGGCCCUCGGUGUGAUGUGUAGGGGCAAGUAAAUACCCCAGUAACACAGCCAAAUCUAUGACAUUGUCAUGCCAUUAUUAUGUGUUCUGAGAAAGAAUGCAUAUAAACACAUGUAGAUUAAUCAUAAAUAGGUUAUUGUGUUGGCUUGAGGGAUUUGAAAUGUGCUUUGAGUGUGUAUCACUGACUUUGAAUGUCAGAAGUGACGAAUAAAGAAUGAAAAUGUUGUCAAACUCUU